AUGAAUUACAUAGGGAUUAAGGAGGACCUCGUGAAUAAUUACCUAUACGGCAUUUUAAUAUGACACACACUUCGAUAAGCGUUGGAGUAACCCUUUAAACGUCUAUUGGGAGAUUUUUUUUAUCUUUUCAGCACGGAGUUGAAUGUGAUAUUUGAAUGUUGCCAGGAUUGAUAUUUAAAUUCCCCUUUUUAUCUUCCAUUUAGCUGUCCAUAUACUAUUUAUGCAAAAUAUAUAUUUCUUUCCUUCAGAUCCCAUACGGCAAGCGGUAUGAUAAGUCCUGGUUGCUGCACUCUAUUGAGCAGGAAUGUGGCUCUCAGUUCAAAGCCUUCCAGGUAGGAAUUCAAAUCCCACAUACAUACGGUGUGUACACCAUGGCCUACUAAAACAUUCCCAUUAGAAUGUUGUUAACAAGGAGCAGACAAAAAUUCCUUAAAUAUAACAUCAUCACUAUGAAAAUAAUAGUUGCAAAAAUUUUGAAACAUAUUCAGUAAAAGAAAACUGUUUCCUAUUGGCUAAGAGCAUUUUUUAAACUGACACUCCAAGCAUCAUUACCACGGAGUGUUAUAGUGAGUAUGAAGAUAUUGGCUUUGGUUGCAGCCCAUCUGAAUAGGUGUUAUUCGGCACCAACUCUGCUUCUCCAAGGGGGAGUUUCUCUUUUCGGCCAAAGUGUUUGUAACCAUAUUCCUAAUGUUUGUUUUCUUCUUUAACACCUUAAUGAUACAGCUUCAGUUUGCUUAUUUUGUAUUUAAGGACAAAAGCAAUUUUGACAUUUUUGCUAUGUGUAUGUUUAACCACAAUUACUAUCUUUCUCAUUUAUUGUACCAACACGUAUUACAUAUUGUUUUUUUAAAGGACAAGCAGAGCUUUAAAGGGACACUAUAGUCAUCAGAACUACAGCUUAAUGUAGUUGUUCUGAUGUGUAUAUUCAGUCCCUGCAGCCCUUUUGCUAUAAACACAGUCUUUUCAGAGAAAAAGACCUCAGAUGGCCACUGGAGGUGCUUCCUGGGCCAGUACUGCACAGUGUGCAACACUAACGUUCGUCUCUACGCUCUGCAUGGUGAUGCUGAACUUUCCACAUAGAGAUGCAUUGAUUCAAUGCAUUUCUUUGAAGGAGAUGCUGUUUGCCCCUGCCUCCUUGACGAAUUCAGCCAAUUCAAUUCCUUUUCUAUUGGAUUGGAUGCGAUCAUCAAUUUUGAUGUCAGUCAAGAAGGCAGAUUGGAAAUAAGGUAAGUUUUAUUACUUUUUAAGGGGGUCAAGCCACAUAAAUGGUGGUUUUAACACUAAAGGGUCAGGAAUACACUGUGUUCUUGGCCCUGUAUUGUUCCUUUAAUUUGAUAUGACACAUCUAAUUCUCAUUUUAAUAUAAAAAAAAAUGCAAAAAACCCCCUUGCAAUGGGCCAAUCAUAAAUUGAGUAUUUUCACAAAACUUGACAAGAGAAUACGAAGGGGAUCAUUCUGUACUCAGGAGAUAUAGUUGAGCACAAUGUAGUGAUUUUUAUUACAGCAUCACAUAUCAACUUUAAAAAUAUACCACUAAAUUGCAAUUGGAUUUUGAAUGAAAUUGGUGCUGCAAUGGCUGUUUUAAUAAGGCUCAAAAUAUACCUUAUGUCUAAUUUCACAAAUAUUUAUGGGGUAAUUUUUAACUAUCAAACUAAUAAAAUGCCCUAAAAAUGCGAAAUAGACCCAUCAAAUUAAUGUAUUCUAAAUGUAAACACUGAAAUAUUCAGGUCUUUUCUAUGGCACUGUAAUCUCGCAAGAUAGUGCCAAAAGCAUACAUUGGGGGUAUUGUUUUAUUCAGAAGAGUAUGCUGAGUGGUGUUUGGGUCACAGAAGAUGUAGCUGAACACAGUAUGGGGUUUUACACAGCAGGAGCACACUUUUAUUUCAAAUAUUGUAUAUUGUGAGCCAGUAAACCUGAUCUGUGCUACUGUACUAAAAUCGCUAAGUUGUGCUCGGCUAUAUAUUUUGAGUACACAAUGACUCAUUUUGCAUACCCUUGUGAAGUUUCUUUAAAAAUGCAGGGAUGAAUUAAUAACCUGCUCCGUGCAGGGGAAAAGAUUUUAUAGGGGGAAAUAUUUUUAUCCUUCUCUGUGGCAGUUUGUUCCGAAUUGUUUAUGCAUUAUUUUCUUUUGAAUUAUUAUUGUGCAUUUGCCUGUUUUCUAUAAAUCUUGAAAGCCGUAUACAAAUCUAUUUUUUCCUCUUUAGUUUCACUAUGUUAACAACAUGGCUGUUUUCUACGUGGAUAGUUUUAAAAUUGCCAAAAAUCUGGUUAGAGUUUCAAAAAGAAUUCAAGGAGAACUUUACUACAAGGUAAACAUUUUGGUAUGCCAUUUUUUUUAUCCUGAGUAACUGCAAGCCUUGCUAUAUCACCGUGGUAGUUGGUAAAUUAGAGUUUACAUAACUAAAAAUGUGGUUGUCCUACAAACCCUGGAGUAUAAACAUGUAAUAGAAUGUAGAAAUACAAAUGGUAUACUGGCGCUGUAACUCGAUAUAACACUCUUUAGUUCAAUAAAAUAUUUAAACAAGCUGCUGUAACACCUGGAUGUAAUCUUUCUAACUUACAUCAAUGUUGGACAAGAUAAAAAAGUAAAUAGGUGUAGCGCUGUAUACAUACAUAUAGUGGAGUUGAGCCUGAUAGAUUAAUAAGGCAUCCAAAUGGGGACAAUUCCAAUAUCUUAUACAAUCAACCUAAAACAAGCAAGAUGAAACUCCAAUAGUGUAACACCAUACAGUAAAUAUAAUAAAAGUUAAAGAUAACCAUAAACUCACAUUCUCCUGAGCUUAAUGCCAAGCUCAGGGAUAAGCGCUUGUAGGUCCGUACAGGCGACCUUCCCCUUCUUUUCACUGGGUUUUAUUUCCAAAUCGACUCUAGGACUCAAGUGAAACAGAUAUAGUAUAGCACGUUUAUAUAGAGUGCUCCCACUUCAAACACACCAUAUACUCACAAAAGUGGAGCCUCUAUAUCGGCUCUGUCUUAAUGCGUUGAAUGAACUGCAAGACUUUUCAAAGCAGGAACCAUAAAGCCCAUCCAAAAAUUAAAAAAUAAUAAUUUUAUUACAACACAGGGGUAUGGUAAACCCUCUAUAAAUCUAUAAAACACAUAAAUAUAAAAUAAAUAAAUAAAUCGAUAGCAAAAGGGCAUAAAAGGUAUCAUACACUUCUUCCCAGAACGCGUUUCGCCGUAACUCCGACGGCUUCCUCAGCUGGGUCCAAUGUGUCUUCUCGAAGUGAAGUUAUCCUGCUUAUAUAGUCCUCCUCUUCUGCUGUUUGAAAAAGCGCGCGCUUAUUUUGUGGAUGUCCGCUCAAUGUUUGCGUUCCACGCCUCUAUUCUUGUCCAAAUCACUUCCGCAUAUGACGUCCUUUCUCUCGGUCAUGUGAUCGGACAUUGCAUGUGGAUCUCAUUCAACAAGUCCAACAAUUAAUAAAAACGAGGAAAAAGUGAAGAUGGUAAUGAGCAUAUAUUACUGUACCAAAAAGAAGCAAUCAUUGAAUUAAUAAAUACAUAGUGUACCAAGUAAAAAUAUCGUUGAAUUAAUAAAUGAAUUAAUAAAUGUAUAAUAUACCAAGUAAGGCUAUACAAACAUGGAAUCUACAGUGGAUUCUCCUCUUCACUACCUUUCAGCUUAUGUUCCAAAGGGGAUAUUAUAAUCUUACUUACAUUCCCUCUGUGUACAGUUUUAUCGUAUACAGGGAUAUAACAAUUGCAAAAAACGUAUUACAUGAAAUGACACAAAUGAAUUUAUACAGUGUAUCGUGCUAGUUUCUCAUUAUGAAUCACUAUCACUUUAAACUAGUUACAUAGAAUAGCUCAAAAGAGUUAUACAGUAUAACUUAAUAUUCCUUAUUGUCGAUUCUAUUUUACUACAUAGAAGUCCUAAAUCUUAUCGGCAUAUGCCGGGACUAUCUAUAAAAAACGGAGGAUAAACAAAAAAAAUAUCCCAUAAAAAACGAAACAUCCCAUUAAGGCUGAAAAUGUGCGAGAAAAUUAUAUAUUCUAGCGCACUAAAAAUUCCUGCUAAAAAUAACUGUUAAAAAUAAAACCUACAAAGUUAACUAUAAGAUCGUCAUAUUAGGGGGUGAUGGGAUAUACCUAACUAUCCUUCCAAGGGAGAAAAAAUGUAGAAUAUAUGUAAUUGCACAUGGACCUAUUCCUAAAAAAUCAUCAUUUAAAAUCAAAAACCAUAAAGAAUGAAAUAUAAAUAUAAAAAAUCUUGAUCUUUUCUUUCUUUGCAAAAUAAAAUAUAAAUAUGAAUAGAAUAUUUAUAGAACCUACAAGCGCUUAUCCCUGAGCUUGGCAUUAAGCUCAGGAGAAUGUGAGUUUAUGGUUAUCUUUAACUUUUAUUAUAUUUACUGUAUGGUGUUACACUAUUGGAGUUUCUUCUUGCUUGUUUUAGGUUGAUUGUAUAAGACAUUGGAAUUGUCCCCAUUUGGAUGCCUUAUUAAUCUAUGAGGCUCAACUCCACUAUAUGUAUGUAUACAGCGCUACACCUAUCUAAUAGAAUGUAGCUCAUCACAUUUACAGAUUGGUAUUGCAGCCUCUAACUCAAUUCAUUUUUCACCUAGAUUUGAACAUCUUGUAAUAUACUAGUAGGCAAGUACACAGUAUAAAUGAUUGGUUUUCAAUAUUAUUCCAUCAUAUUUUUUCCUAGUCCAGAUUAUCAUUCUAUAUUUAAUAAAAUAAAACAUCUGACAGUGUGUCAUUUCCUCAGUAAUAUCUGCAACAGUUUCUCAGUUACACUCCACUACACAAAAUAAAUUAUCCCUGUUUAGUAUAUAUACCCAAAUUAAAACAUGCAUGCAUUUAAUUAUGCAUUUUUCAUUGUUGGGGUUAUAUUUUAAACAGCUUGCAAAACCCGCAUUUCUCUUGUCUGCUGCCUUUGCAAAGCCUCCCCUUCUAACCCGCCCAGACUUUGUGUCUGUCCAAUCACAGACUUCCCAAUGCAGCUCAGUGAGAAGUCGUUAUAAUGUAGGUUGUCUGGGAAAUUGCUUCCUUUUGAGUUUAGCUCCACCAAGUUAACCAAACCAGGAAGAAAAAUUACGUAUUGUCUGAUUGAAAGUUAAGGAGGUGUAACCAGCUUAAUUUAGAAGUGUCUUUUGCACUUUUUGCAAAAUAAAAAGGGGAUACAUUCUUGACACACAAAGCUUUUCAACAAGCUAAAGUUUUUUAGGGGUCUGGAGUGACCCUUUACAUGUAGAAAGCUACAUAUUGUAACCAAAUGGCUUGCCAGCAGUGCUUCACUUAUUGACACAUUUAUAACCUUUCAUAAAGGAUUGUCUGGGGUAAACAUGCUGGGAAUUAAGAUGUAUACAUGUAGAUGUCGCCUGGAUUGGUUAAGCCAGUCGUUUCCAGUUAGGGCAUUUUGUUUAUAGUAGCAUCUAUCAUGUUAAAGGGGUACUGUAGUGCAAGGAAUACAAAGCUGUAUUCCUGGCACUACCGAUCCCUCUGCCUCCCCUCUCCCUUGCGCCCCCUCCUACCUGGUAAGUAAAGGUCCCAGCGCUGAUGCUCCGUCCCGCAACGAGCGGGGUCUAAUGCGCAUGCGCGGCAAUGCUUUCCUAUGGGGGAAAAUCUGACACUUGAGGUCCUCAUGCAGAGCGUGAAGACGUCCAGCGUCCGAUAACGGACCAAAAGUCUGUUACAAUUAUGGAAGCCCUCUAGUGGCUUUCUGUCUGGUAGACAGCCACUGACGGCAGACGUAAAGCUGCAAUGUAAACAUUGUAGUUCUCUGGAACUGCAAUAUUUUACAUUGCAGCACUAAGUGCAAAAGGCACAUUGCACUCAGAUCACUUCAAUUAGCUUAAGUGGUCUGGGUGCCUACAGUCUCCGUUCAAUAGCCAAUCACUGUGUAGGGUGUGCUGAUAUUGCCUUUGUAAUCAAACAUUAUCUGGUUUUGUGGCAGCCAUUCUUUGUCAGUGCAUAUUAUGUAACAUAGCUGUGAUUGUCUUUUUUCAACUAUCUUUCCCAUAAUGCCAAGAUCAGUCAUCCUUGCUAUGUACUAUUUAAAGCUUUUUUUCUGAAUCCUCUUGGAAAGCCGGAUUUUUACUGCUGUUCAUUUCUUUUUUAGAUUGUUAUUAUUGCCACCCCCUGUGAGCCCCCAUUCACUAACAUGCAGGAGUUUCCAGCAUCAAGUGCAAGAGUAGUGUCCGUACACGACACAAGGCGCUAUAGCAUUUCCAGCGCAACAGAAAUAAAGGUAAAACCUGCGCAUUUUUAUUAUUUAUAUGUCGCUAGCAUAUUCCACAGCCCUGUACAAUGUGGAUAUAAAACCCAUCAAGUGGUUUCUGAGACCAUCUGAUUGAAAUAACAGAGAUUUAUAAGAUUUUCCUUGGAAGCGCUUCAUUGAGAUGAAUUGAUCUGGUGCCUGUAGAAUCCCUUUAACCCCUUAAGGACACAUGACAUGUGUGACAUGUCAUGAUUCCCUUUUAUUCCAAAAGUUUGGUCCUUAAGGGGUUAAGGUGAAUAUUCGAUGUGAAGCAAUGAAUUCACAAACUAGAGCAGAUGUAACCGCAUUGGAGGGAGGUCAAAGGGUUGAGAAGGGAAUAGAAAUUAUAUAUAUAUUUAGCAGGAUGCAGAGAAUGUUUGUAGAGAUGCUCUAUUUGUACAAGUAGCAAGUACGGCCCUUCUGCUCUAGUGCAGAAAGAGAUCCACUUGUUUAUAUCUGUUUCUUGAGUUUCCACUUCAUUAUACAUCUAUCAUUGACCUCUGAGCGGCUUGUACAAAUGUUUCUUCAAUUUUGAAAAUCAUUCCGUUGUAGAAAUAGUACAUCAGACCCCCUAUAGGGUGUGUUCAACAUUGCACAGCAGGAUGUUUAUUAUGCGCAGUAAUGUUACUGUGAUUACCUCCAAUUAGCAAAACAUUCAUUAAUCAUCCCUAAAGAUCAGCUGAAUUUUUGUGUUCUAGUUCUCAGCACUGACAUCACCAUUUAGGGAAUAAAUCCCCAACUGUUCUCCGUCUGAUGACUGACUGUGUACAUGAUUGUGAGUGCUAAUAAUCUCCUAUUUCUCUUCAUGUCUCAAAAUUCCAGGAAUUGGUGUUUAAGACUUGUUAAAUGACUGAGUUUCAAUGAUUUUUAGAGGAUAUGCUCCUUAAUAAGCGAUUUAUAUUGUGUUUGUAUAGUUUAGCUGCUGAUUACUGGUUAAUCUGUAAAUGAUCUAUAUAUAUAUAUAUUUUUUUUUUUUUUUUUUUGUUCUUAAUGUAUCACAGAUGUGUCUGCAGAAACGAUACUAUGUAAUGCUAGAAAGUCUAGAUCUGAGCAACCUUUCAAACGACCCUGGUAAGGAAAGUUUAUCUGCUCAAUUUAUUUCAUGUUAAUUUUUAAAGACACCGUGAAUCCCUGCAAUGUGACAUGACGCUAAGCAAUCUGUGUAAAAGUGCAGAGGGCUGCCUAUCUUGUCAUGUGGCUUGUAUUCCUGGCAAGAGACUUCAAUUGUUAGAUUGCUAUUGUCAAACUGAUAAUUGAAGAUAUUGACCAUUAUUGAGCUACAUACAUUUGUGCACAGCAUGCUGUUAGUACUGUGCCUGCUUUAUACCUGCACCAUUUAAAGUGUGAAUACUGCAGUGUGCCCCUUUCACCUGGAAGGUAGCUUGUAACAUAACACACAGGUAAUAGUUUACUGUAUCUGCAGGGAUCUACUCUCUCUCUGAGAAUGGUAGACGUUACAUUCCUCAGAAUCUUGAGAAAACCACAUCUUGUUUCAGGCAUGUGAGACACUUAACAGCCUAUUCCUGGCCUCAUGUGCUUGAACAGUAUUCCAGCAUGCACCAGGCCUAUUCUUCCUGAUUUGCGAUGUGCUUGGUAUAUUGUUUAAUUACAUAUUUAAUUACAAUAUGCGUUCUACCAGAGCAGGGAGCACUACUACUGUAGUGCUGUUGUAAAAUUGUGCAAUAUAAUGUGGAUCCCUUAAAGUUACUUUAGAAAGGAGACUAUGUAUAUUCACCAAUAUAGUAACCUCUUCUACAUUUUGCCUUCUAGAUCUGCGAUCUGCAAAUAUUUAUUUUCCAUUAAACAAAGCUUCGUCAAUAGAGAUUAUCUUACAAAUACUCGCAGAGUGUUAUCCUAAGGUACGUGUACUAUUUUAGCCAUUUUCUGUACAUUCUGAACUGUAUUACAAACACAGAUCUUACAAAUUCGGCUGCAGGUGCAGCAUUUGUAGCCAGGGUUUGUAGCCACUCACUUGAUUUUAGUAUGGGGAAAAAACCUUCUCUUGGACAAAGGAGUGGUAACAUUUAAGGCAGUUCUUAACACACAUGGAUCUGAGAAAUGGGCUUGAAACCACGCAAUUGAAGUAAGCACCCUCCUUGCAAAUGUAAUGGUGCAGAGAGUACCUUGCACUCACCCUCCCUUCCCAGACGGACUUAUAAUUGCAGCAAUUUGCACAAAAUAUCUGCAAGUAUAAGCCCUCCUGUCACUCUUAGUUUUACUUUUUCUUUUCCCGUCCAAAAUCCAUCCAAGCUUUAUGUGUGGCUGUUUUGUUAAUUUAUUAGAAGUGUUUUGCCUGUUAUGUACGCCUUUUAUAGACAGAGCUUGGAGGAGUAACUGCCAACUGAAGUGCCUAGGAUGGCUAAUGAGCACUUUAGCACAAUUCAAUAUUUUAAAGCGUAUCCUUUGCAGCUGCCAUUAGGUUUUGAUCAAAUACAACAGAUAAGUAAUUGGAGUAAAGGGUAGCUGCUUUCUCAAUUUCUUGGGCAUAAUAUGAUUCUGGCAUAUAUUGAAGGAAUUCUCUUUAUGAUGCAAAACUGGAAUUUUAUAGCAAGACAGGAGGCUCGUAUUAUGCAUUAAACUUUCUUUACUUAACUCCAGCAGCAAAGAUAUUUUUUUCAGUAAAGUUUAGUGAAUAAAAGACAAAACACAGAGUAACUGAAAUGGAACACUCGGUAGCCAAUCAGCAUCCGGCAUAGUCUAUAUAGUGAAUGAUCCCCCAAUAUUCUUCCUCUUUCCAGCUGCAAAUCUAGAAGUAUCUAUUAUAGUAAACUCCAAGGAUAAGAACGACAAAACUCCAAACAGGAUUAAGCUGAAGCAUAAAGAACAGGGUGGGUUAAUGGGAGGGAUAAUACUCACCUCCUGUCAUUAAUAAAAUCUAUAUUUUCUGACAUCAAGACUAGGAAAAGACAAGUAAUACUUUAUCAAAAAAAAAAAAAAAAAUGCAAGAAUUGUCGUAUGUUAGUUAUGUUGCACCCUUAUUCAAAAUCAAUAAUUCUACUUGACUAUUGAAGACCGACAAUAGUAAAAAAUACACCAUAAAAUCAUAUCAAAUGGUAUUGGACCAAUGCUGAGUUAAUGUGUAGAUUAUACCAGGGCCAAUAUGAUGGCCUGAGAGAACUGGUCUGCUUGGAGUCCCCCUUUAACUUAAUGCUGACUUCAAGUGGGCGUACUGGGAAUACACUUCUUAUUUUGGCAAUAUGGAGAAGGAUUAUCCCUCCUCUUUCAAAAUCAACAUUUGUCUCUUUGUCAUCAGUAAAUAGAAAUUUCCUUGAUAGGCUUCAUUUUCUCUUUCUUCAGCCCUUCUGAUUUUGCUGUGAAAUUUGAUGAUUUUUUUUUUUUUUUUUUUAUUUUUGUAGCUGAUAUCUUUGAAUCUAAGCCACAACAGCCUCCACUGUCUUACUGGACUUGCUCCCCUCUAUUACACAACUCCGAACCUGAAGAGCCUGAAUCUCUCCUACAAUAAAGUAAGGAUGGUCAGACUGGUGCUUUUUACAUGAUCUCGGUCUUCAUAAUUAGAAUUGAAUUCUGUAUAAUUGGAUUAACGAAACUCAACUAGUGUCUCUGUGUAUUUUUCUGUGAAUAAAACUGCGCUCAAACCUUUGUAGAUAUCAUCUGAAAGGUGCAGACAAGGCAUUUCAUGUAUAUGAACAUUUCCUAUAAUCCUCUGGUACAAUAAAAUGGUGUCCUUACACAUGUUCUAAGAGCAUGUCCGCAUUGGUUCUCCUUGACUCCACAGAGAUUCACCUUGUGAGUCCUAGUUGGAAAGACUGACACGGCCAAUGGUUUUUUGUGAAGAAACCGCAGCAUGGGGCAGAUAUAGGAGGACUAUGAUUUUUUUUUUUUUUUCAUAAUCUAAAUCUCUAAAGAAACUGAACACUGGAUUUGUAUCUCUGUAUUAUACUCUUCUCAGAUAGCAGUUCAUCACAUUUUCUUGUCACUUCCUGAAGCAGUACGGUUAUCAUUUAAGAUAUUAAGGUGCAAUUGUCUUAUAACUAUUUAGUGGCGACACGUAAUACAGUAUAAUGUAAAGUGUGCAUCGUGCUCACUAGUCAGCUAAACUAUAAAUAUGGUGGUUUGCAGAGAACCAGGACCCUUUUUAAGCUGUCAUGGUAGCACAGUCUUUGAGGUGAUUGCCGUAGCACAAUGUAUCGAUUUUUGUUUUACAUACCAUCAUUUACUUUAAGAUGUAGGUCUCGGCUACUUAGACAGCUGGUGUUAGUGUUUUAAAAUAUUGCUUCUUUUCUCUAUCUUUUUUUGCUGGUAUUUUAGUUUCUUUGUUAUAAAGUAUACUAUUUUGCAGCUUUGCCAGGUAGAAGAUCUAGAGCUCAUUCAACACUUGGACUUGAAAGACCUUUGGCUGGAAGGAAAUCCAAUUAGCACAUCCUCUGUUACCUCUUCUUACUACAGGUGAGCUCAGGCACGGACUGCUCUGUACGUUCACGGGCAUAUAAUCAUUAAUCAUUCUGUGCAUAUGUUUAAACAACUAGAUGAAUACUUGCAAAAACAUUCACAUAUAGUCAUUGAUGUAAAGUGCUUGUUAGAACUACUCACAUCCUUUGGAGCUGUGACCAGGCUCUACAAUAUGCCCACACUGGUAGCCCCCUUUGAUGGAAGUAUCCUUCACUGCCAAAAGUGAGAUCCAGCAAGUUGCCAAUGUAAUUUUAUUAAAAACACUUCAAAAUAAAAAAGGGCUCUAAAACUUAAGUUCUCAAAUAUGGCUUGAGACCUGUGUGUCUCCUUACACUCGAUGUGAUGUUGGGACCUACAAACCCCACGCUGUAUUAUAUGAAAAACAUACAAUAACAAGAAAUGUACUCGAUAAAACUAAAGUUCUCAAUAAGCAAUGAGUUAAAUAACCAAAACCAUUUUGUCCUCACAACGUGUUUAGACCAUAUGUUUGUCUAACAGUCCAAAGUCUUCACCAUGUGUCUUCUUCGGAUUCAUUCUGUACUGCAUCACGUUAUCACCUAAUCCUUUACUCGUUACCGGACUUUUCUUUGCCUCCAUUUUGGAGAAGGCCCUUUCAAUAAUUUUUAUACUGGUUUGCCAAGACGGUAGCAUUAGCAUUUUAAACCUUAAAUGACACAAAAAAAGAUGGUCCUCAUGAACAAAAGCAUUUAAAGGGACACUCCAGGCACCCAGACCACUUCUGCCCAUUGGAGUGGUCUGGGUGCCAACUCCCACUACCCUUAACCCUGCAACUGUAGGGUUAACUCCUCCGGGCACUUCCGGGUCUUUAGCACAGGUUUUCGCUAAAUUCGCCAUAGGAAAGCAUUGAAAGCAUUUUCAAUGCUUUCCUAUGGGGAGGUCUAAUGCGUGUACGUGGCAUUGCCGCGCAUGCGCAUUAGAUCUCAUCUCGCCGGCAGCCGCGCGUGCACAAUUGGACUCCCCUGCCGGCUCACGUUGGCGGGGGAGGAGCAUGGGCGGACCCUAAACCACCGCCAGCGGUGGUCUCGGGUAAGUCACUGAAGGGGUUUUCACUCCUUCAGCAACAUGGGAUGGGGGCUGGGAGCGAAAGGGGACCUGCAGUGCCAGGAAAACUACUUGUUUUCCUGGCACUGGAGUGUCCCUUUAACUGAUGGGAACUUGCUUAGUAUAAAGGACUAAUAACAAAUCUUAAAAUUGUUACAUUACUUAUAUGUAAGAACUCCCAAAACUGGCAUUACUAAAGAGGGCAAUAUAUUUCAUAUAUUUUUACCCAGUACUUAUGUAUAAGCUAUAUGUUAUUCAAUUCCUGCCCAAAAACAUUUAGAAAAAUACUUAAAAGAUAAGGGGAAAAAAAAGGAAUAUACUUAUAAUCUACUUUGUUCAUGAAAACCAAAGGAUUCAGAUCACAAAAUUGUUAAUCAAAAUCCAAGUUAAGACAAUCAGGGGCUAGGACUUCCAUCUAAAAAAUCUAUCUGGCUUCGAUUUUCCCCAGUUCAUAAAUAUUAUAAACCCACCCCAGUUCUUCUUUGUCUCUCCCACUCUUACCAUUGAGGGGUAACACGGCUUCCGAGGGGGACGUACUUUUACAAAUAUUAUUCCCAGAUGUUUCUGUGCGACAGAAGACAUGUCUGAUCACCAGCUUUGUAUGAUCCACUUCUGUAUGAUCCACUUCUCUUUGAACCGGGAUUGUAUGAUCCACUUCUCUUUGAACCGGGAUGAUACAAUCUCAGCCAGGUUACUAAGCAAUGUGAAGAGUGCCCCCUAGAUACUGGAAACAGAACAGUGCUCUAUACCUUGGUGAACCUUUGGGUUCUGGAGGAUUUGCUCACUUCUAAUCCUAAAUCCUUCAUUACAUACACGAACACCUGAUUAUACUGGUUGAGAUUAUUAGUGGACAAACCGGAAGGCCCUUGUUGAAAAGCCCUACCCGCACCAUAUUCUGCAAUGCAAAAACAUUUAUUUCCCCCUCUUUUGUGUGUUCUUUCCCCUUUCACUUUAUUUUUCUUGGUCCUCUUUCUAAAUACACACUCCCUCUUCUACUCUUGAAUUCCUCUAUUCCCACUUUUCUCUUCUUACUAUUAUCUUGAUCAUAUGAAAAUGUAGCUUAUAUUUAUUACAGGGCAGCAGCCAAAUUUAUUGCAGUCAGAAAAAAAAAGCAAUUAUGAAAUGUGGAAUUAUGAAAGCAAAUCUGUCAAUUUUGGGUUCUUCGCGUAUAACAAAGACCCCUGAAAUGGACAGAUCACGAGUGAUGUGGUCGUGGGGUGUGAGUUUUGCUUAUCUCAAGCUGUCCCUCGUGUCAUCUUCAAGCCUCUGGUCCAGGGCCGGUGCAAGGAUUUUUGCCGCCCUAGGCAAAAGUAAAGUUUGCUGCCCCCCAUGUGACAUCACAAUGCUCCACCCAUAUGAUCUGCCAUGUUAACUAACGCCAGUGCUGCAGUGCCACCGUGUUUACAUUAAAAGGCCUGCAGGGACAGGCUGUAGACACCAGAACCACUACAUUAAGCUGCAGUGGUUCUGGGGACUACUAUAGUGUUUCUUUAAUGUGAGGUAAAUUAGAGAUUAGUGCCACGAAUAAUAUACUAGAUUGCCUGCUUACAACCAGAUGAGCUCUAGCUGCCGUCUGGCUCCACUGGUCUGGUGUAGAACAGGGUCUCUGGAGGCUGUUUGUAACUGUGGUCACAAAAAUCAAUGUUCUGGGAGAAUGGGAAGCAGCUCCAUUUUUUGGGGGGUGCUUUAGACAGCUCAAGGUCUGGGUCCCAGGGUCCACCUUCAUGUUCCACCAAUGAGUUUGUUCACAGGGGGUGGAGUGUGUAGGGGAUGUCCUGAUGUGUGUAAGGAAUGCAUUGUGUGAAUCUGUGUUUGUAUGUGUAAGGGCUGCAAGGUGUGUUUCUGUGUAUGUACGGGAUGCAGUGUGUGCGUCUGUAAGGAAUGGAUUCAGUGUGUAUAAGGGGUGCAUUGAGUGUGUAAGGGUUGCAUUGCUUGUGUGUGUGUGUGUGUAAUGCAUUGGGUUUUUCUGUGUGCAAGGGAUGCAUUGUGUGUGAGUGUGUGUGUGUGAUGGAUGUCAAUCUCUCCCUCCCCUCCUCCCCCCGUCAAUUUCCUUCUCCCCGUCAAUUUCCUUCCCCGUCAAUUUCCUUCUCCCCCCUCAAUUUCUUCUCCUCCCCCCUCAAUUUCCUUCUCUCCUCCCCCCCCUCAAUUUCCUUCUCCUCCCCCCCCUCAAUUUCCUUCUCCCCGUCAAUUUCCUUCUCCUCCCCGUGAAAUUUCCUUCUCCUCUCCCCUGUGAAUUUCCCUUCUCCUGUCCCCCAUGAAUUUCCUUCUCCUCUCCCACCUGUGAGAUUUCCUUCUCCUCUCCACCCCGUCAAUUUCCUUCUCCUCUCCCCCCCGUCCCGUCAAUUUCCUUCUCCUCUCUCCCGCCCGUCAAUUUCCUUCUCCUCCUCUCCCGCCGUCAAUUUCCUUCUCCUCCUCUCCAUGAUCAAUUUCCUUCUCCUCCUCUCCAUGCGUCAAUUUCUUCUCCUCCUCUCCGCGUUUCCUUCUCAUCAAUUUCCUUCUCCUCCUCCUCCACCGUCAAUUUCCUUCUCCUCCCUCUCCGCCGUCAAUUUCCUUCUCCUCCUCUCCGCCGUCAAUUUCCUCCUCUCCUCCUCCUCCCUCCCCCCCCCUCAGUCAAUUUCCUUCUCCUCCCCCUCCAAUUUCUUUAUCUCCCCCCACCACCACCCCUCCCCACUGUUAUAGCGUGGUCAAAUUAGUGCUAUUUUAUUAAGCUUUGUGCCAAUUAAAAUGCCAUGUCUUUUCCUAGAUAAUAACUGCUUUUCCCUUUGUCUCCAAUUAUGUAGAAUGGUAGUUAACCAUUUUCCAGGAAUCCAAAAGCUGGUAAGUGCUAUAAAAAAAUAUGCAUUGAUAUUACAUUUUUAUUAAUUAAAGGCAUUUAUAAAGUGUUGACAUAUUCCACAGCUUUUAUUAAUUAUGACUGCCUCCUAUGUGCGUUUCAUGUGUGGGAGCCUGGAGUGUCACUUUAAUAAUAUAAACCCACCCAGUAUAACUGUAACCUAACCUACACAGUGCAUCUAACGUGUGUGGGAGCCUUGAGUGUCCCUUUAAUUAUAUAAACCCACCCAGUAUAACUAACUGUAACCUAACCUACACAGUGCACCUAACGUGUGUGGGAGCCUUGAGUGUCCCUCUAAUAAUGUAAACCCAACCAGUAUAACUAACUGUAACCUAACCUACACAGUGCAUCUAACGUGUGUGGGAGCCUUGAGUGUCCCUCUAAUAAUGUAAACCCAACCAGUAUAACUGUAACCUAACCUACACAGUGCAUCUAACGUGUGUGGGAGCCUGGAGUGUCCCUUUAAUAAUAUAAACCCACCCAGUAUAACUAACUGUAACCUAACCUACACAGUGCAUCUAACGUGUGUGUGGGAUCCUGGAGUGUCCCUAAAUAAAUCUAGAGCCAUGGGUAAUGCAUUAUGUUUAACUUGGUUUAUCAUGUAAUUUAAGAGACGUUUUAAUACAUGGUUACCUCUAAGCCCAUGUCUUCACUGUUUCACUAUGUUAUCAAACCAUGGCCAGUCAUAUAAAACCCAAAUAGUAAAAUCAUAAAAAUCUUAACUGCAUUUACCUUUGAAUUACUAUAACAAAGACUUUAAAAUACAUAAUUUCAAUGAUAUGAUGUAGCAUUACUACCAGUUGACUGUUUUAUGUAAAAUAUACAUUUGGGCAUUUUAUAAUGCAAGUCUUGAAAGGGUUUAUUUAUUUUUUUAGGAUGGACACAUUUUUAAACCCAAUUUCUUUUUUGAGAUCGGGGACUCGAAAGCACUCCCUCCUGUACAGGUAUUUAUGCUGAUGAACUUCCUUCAAUUAGGUGUAAGAUAAAGAAUUUACUUAGUGCUGGUGGUGAUGGCAGGCUGUUAUGGGUGAGGUCUUUGCAGGUUCUGUCCUGGAUUCUACUCCUUUGCAUCCAACAUUUUGUGCCAGAAUUGCCCUUUAACCCCUUAACAUGUUAAAAUAAAUUAAGAGUGUGUGUAUGUGUGUAUAUGUAUGUGUGUGUGUAUAUAUAUAUAUAUAUAUAUAUAUAUAUAUAGUGUGUGUGUGUGUAUAUGUAACGUCACACAUAGUGUAUUUUAAUGUUAAUAUUAGUACACAUAUUAGUAUUAAAAUACACUUAGAAUGACGUUACAUAUAUACAAUAUAUAUAUAAUACAUCUAUAUAUAUUUUAUAUUUAUUUAUACAUGUAUAAUUACAAUAAUAAAAUAAAAUAUUUUUAAAUAAAUUAAAAUAAAUUAUAUAUACAUAUGUAUAACUUUGGCCAGUGUUUGUGACAAAGUGGCUACUACAAAAGACUGUACAUACCCCACUUGCAAUACCUUGGGUAGUCUACUUUUGUAAAUGGUAUGCCAUCAUGGGGGUAAAUUUCAUUCCUGGGCUACCACACGGUCUCAAAGGUAACAUUACUAAUCUGGCAAAUUUCAAUGUAAAAAAACUGAAAAAUGGAAUGUGCUAUAUUUGACCCUUUAACUUUCCAAAACACUGUAAAAACUGUUAAUGGGGGCUACUGUUGAACUCAUGAGACUUUGCUAAAUCCAAAUAUGUGCUUUUAUUGCAGUAAAAGCUAACCGUAUUAUGACAAUUACAGCUAAAAUGUGAGGCGGAACUACACAUUUUUUAAAUUUCUCACAUUGUUUUUAAAUUUUACUCAUAAUAAAUUAUGUUUCAUAUAUAAAUAUUUGAUAUGAAAUAAAAUCCCUGUUUCUCCUGAACAAACUGAUAUAUAAUAAGUGUGGGUGCACUUUAUAUGAAAGAGGUGAAUUACGAUUGAACAGACAUAGAGCACAAAUUCCAGUUUUUGUUUACAUUUUGUUUUUGAUCAGAAUGUGUACUAUUGAAUCCGACCUGAAGGGGUUAAACAUAACCUCCAUUAUUUUUUGUUGCCAUGACUAUUGUAGCUGUGCAAAUUCACAUUGCUGCAUCAAAUGUGAGGGUCAUUUUUCAUGAUUUACAUUUAUGUAAAAAAACAUUUUUUUCCCCAUAAUAUAGGAAGCAAUCUUUAACCCCAAAAAUUAAAAAAAAUCAUCAAAAAAACUGUCUUCUGUAUUUCGAUUGUGUAAAAUAUACUGAGAGGGCGAUAUAGCCCGGGAGACUCUAGCCUACAUUUCCGCCCUGUGCAGACACAGUAUUCCUUCCGCCUGUCAGAGAGUUGCCGCAAGUUACCAUGGCAAUUCUUCACGAGAAGCGCAUACUCUGCCUGCGUGUGGCGGAGAUGUAUGAUAGAAUCCCCCAUCACUGGAUCGCAGGGGACCAUCAUAUACCCCCUCCCUGGCCAAAUGUAAGAAGCAGGGACAGCAGGAAUAAACGUAAAAUGAAAUAAAAUGUUAAUAAUGGUAAUUUAAUCUGCUCCCCUCUUAACGCCACAGAAUACAGCAUUUACCCCAAAAAUAUAUGGGUUCAUGUUACAGUACAAACAGCUUUGUCACUUUAGAAGGUUUAUAUAAACAAAAUAUCUUUUAAAUCCAAAUAGACUGGUUUGGACAUGGCUUCAAAUAAAUCUAUCCUUAAAGUGAAGUAAAUGGGUCUACCUAUGUUGUUUGACAGUGAUGUGGAGGAAUUAUCUGUUUUUAAUCCUGAAGUUUGAUACCUUGCACCGCUAUAGGUCCAUAACCCCAGCUCCAAUCUGCCAUGUAGUGGGCAGAUUAAUUAUAACAGCAUAGAUUACCAGUAAUUCUAAUUCUGAUCAGCUCUGAGCUAUAGGAGAUUGCUAGGAGUAUUUCUUUAAAUCUGCAAAAAGAAACCUCAGGUGAACAGCAAUGUAUAUCUUUAUUGGGGAGUGCUUGUAAUUUAUAAACUGAUUAUACACACUAUUGUUGUUCUAAACUGUGGGUUUAAAAUGGUGUAUGCAUUUUUAAUUCAGCACAAUACAUUUUAAGGUUUAUAUACAUUAGGCAUUUAUGAUCAUAUGUCAUUUUGAUACAAUGCCAGUGGAAAAUUACCAUUUGCAUUUUUUUUUUUUUUUUUUUUAACAAUAGUUGAUUUCUGCAACUAAGUAUAAAUCAAUGACUGUGUAUGGCUACAAAUAAGUAUAUAGCUUAAAUCUGCAUUGAUUUGAUAUUUUGUGUUCUAGGGGAGCUUUUUUGGUAAUGAAAAUAUCAAAUCGUUCCUGGGACAGUUUCUUUCCAAGUAAGUCGGAUAGUGAACUUAAUCUGUGAGAAUAUUGGUAUUCCUAAUUUUAGAUUAGUGAACCUUAUAGGGCCAGUAUAGUCAUCAACACAACUUUUGCUUAAUGAAGCAGUUGUGAUGUAUAGAUCAUGCCCCCAGUAGUUUCACUGCUCAAUGAUCUGCCAUUUAGGAGUUAAAUCACUUUUGAUUCUACCCAUGCAGUCCUAUCCACACCUCCCCUGGCUGUGUCUUACACAGCUUGCAUGAAAAAAAAGGUUUCAUUUUCAAUCAGACGUUAACUUGCUUUCAAACUAUUUUUUUUUUUAUUUUUUUUUUUGGUAGUGCAUACCAUAACAUACAGACAUGAGUUGACAAACUUCAAGGAUAUAAACGACAGUGGUCAAAUAUAGGGAUAACAUGAAAUGUCAGCAUACUGCACUUUUACUUUUCAGAACUUUGUGCAUGUAACACCCAGGACUGGUCCGUCUACCGUUCUGCCUGCUGUCUUGUGUGAUUUGCUAUGCUUGUGUACGCUCCUGUGGGACGCCAGUAUGCUGGCAUUUAAAAGCAGUGACAUCAAUCACUCCGUUGCUAUAGUCCUUAGCCAACGCUAGCCGCAUUGGCUAGGGAGUUUCCAUAGUAACCACAGUGCAUGCUCUGCUGUUGCUGUUUUUGAUGAGUAAAUGGACCACCUGUGGGAAAGUGUUUUCUCCUCCUCCUCGUAAGUCGAAACGUCUGCAUAGAGUCUACCCCAAACAUUUGAAUAAAAAGUGGAAUAAAGAUCUAUUUUCAAAUAGGAUAUUCUCCCAAUCUAUAAAUUUGCUAGCAAAUCUGCUAGCACAAUGUAUAAAUGAAAUGUCAUGCUCUUUCCAAAGAGCAUACGUAGUUUGGGGCAUGACAGGUCCCCUUUAAUUUUCAUGUAGAGUAUUGGAGGCAAUUUCUUCCAAUGUAUAACUAUUGCAUUGUUCUUGCAGCUCAGGAAACAAAAGAAGGUAAAUCUUAAUGUAUUCUUCCAUGUUAGACACUUUUUUGUAAAUGCUUAAUAAUAAAAAUAUAAAAACUUAAAUUUUUUUGUUAAAAUGGAGUUUACAUGUAACAUAGCCUCUGUACUAUUUGAAAGGCGUGUGUAUGUAUAUAUGUGUAAACCAUCAUCACAUUGGGUGAUACUCAGUUGGUCCCUAUGAUGUAUCACUACAAGCACGAUAUUAUCUUUGGAAGAUUAUUUAUUGCACAAGCUUGCAAUAGUGAGGCUGCAUCCCUAGACAAGGGAAAGUACUAGGGACUGAAAAUCUGAACAAGGAAGUAGAUGGAGUUGGCCAUUUGGUGUAAGUUAGGGCAUGACACCUUGGGAGUCUUUGUAAAAAAAAAAAGUGUGUGUGUGUGUGUGUCUGUGUGUGUGUGUAUAUAUAUAUAUAUAUAUAUAUAUAAUGUGUGUGUGUGUUCGUUGGUUAAAGACUCCUCCCUUGCCCAAUGACGACAGCCAUAGUUAAGCCCUCAUUGCUUAUUUGUCCAAAGACCAUUAAAGCUUUGCAUGAGGACAUCCAGCGUCUUCUAAAUCCCCAUGGUAAUGAAUUGAGUCAGUGCUUUCCUAUGGGGAAGGCGUAAUGCACAUGCGCAUUAGGUCCUCCCCGUCAGCCAACUUUAGCGGAUUAGGAGCCUGACCCAGCACCGAGGUACUUCUGGACUGAAUCUGGUAAGUCAGGAAAGGGUUGUUUAACCCCUUACUCUCCAGCAGGAGGGGUGCACAAGGGGAGGGACAGAUGAACUCUUUAGUGUUACGAAUACAAAGAUCUAUUCCUAACAAUAAAGUUUUCCUUUAAACAUGUGACUUCUUCCAUGAAGUAGAUGUUUAAAAUGCUAAUUUUAUACUACGUAUGUGUCAUACAACUUCUACACUGGUGCACACUAUACUGAUGACCAUAAUCUCUCUAGCCUCUAAAAUAGGUCACCACCCUUUUUUUUGGGGGGGGAGUGUUUUGGAAAGUAUUGCCACACUAAUACGUUGAUGACACUCUCAUCUCAUAUUUCUUAGAAAUCCUUACUACUAACCUGUAGAGGUGCUGUUGUUAAAGGCCUAAUUUCAGUUUGACUCUUGCAUGCAUCUGGCCUGUGUUAUUAAAGGGAUAUCCCUCACUUUAAGAGGACUUAACUUAGUUGUAACUUUAAAUGAGACAGUUGCUUCACUCUGCAGGCUGAAAAAAGUAGGUAAAUAUUAAAGAUAAAAUAAUAAUUAUUUUUUAUGCUUUCCACACCCACUCCAGGAGGGACAUUGAUCUAACCAACCAGUGUGAAUGUGGCAUGCCUGACAGAUUUACACCUGAAUAGUUGAAAGAUCACUUUGUAACAUUUGACAGGGGGAGAAGAGAGGGAGUCUGAUCACGGUGAUUCAUGCACAGACCUGCUGUGUUAGUGCAGAGAGAAUGUAGAGCUUGCUGCGACACAAUGAUGUCCUAAAUCUGUAAUCUGGAUUGGAUUAGUGGGGGCGAGAUUAAAGACACUCCCCUAGCUGAGAGGCACGCCCAAUAAUGCAAUCUGACCAAGUUUAUAGCAAGUCCAAUAUAGCAAUUUCCUAUUACAUCACAUCUGGGAACCCAAAAAGGAAACGUCUGUCACCAUCCUCUCAUCUUAGAGAUCCCUUCAGAUUUAUGGCUUGGAAAUCAGUGUUUUUAAAGUCUUUGACAUUUUUAACCUUUGCUUUACCUCUACUUUACAGAAUAAGUGAACAUCGUGGCUUGCGUUAGCCAUGUUAGAUUAUAAUUCUGAAUAUUACAUAAAUAAUGCUUCAUUGUUCUUGCUCAAUACAGUCUAUCCCAACAGCUUAAGCAUCCAACACUUUAAAAACGUGAUGGGAGCUGGUUCCCUAUGUUUAAAAUGUGCAUGGUAUUGGAAAAUAAAUGCUACUUCUGAGGGUUUUAGGGUAGUAAGGACAUUCCUUGAAAAUAGGUAUUUACUUGUAUGUAUACGUUACAAAAUAAUACACAAUGCUAUUCAAUUAAUGCAAAUGUAAUCGUGAAAAAAACAAUAGUAGAAAACACGGAAUUUUAAAUUGCUGUUUAAAAGAGAGAGGGGGCUAGAUAUAGAUAUAAUUAAUGCCUUUUUAGUGUGGUUUGACACCGUGAAGUUUUUGGAAUUGGUCAAGAGGUGGUAUGUAUGCUAUUAGUUCAAAAACAUUUUUUUGUACUGUGUAAUACCCUGCAGUUAUGUUACGUUUGGAGUAUGUCCAAAGUUUUAUAAAAGGAUCCAUCUAGGCACCAUAACCACUGAAGGCCGCUGUAGUGGUUACAAUGAUAGGAGUCCCCUGGUGCUGACCUAAGGUAAGUGGUCAAACAGUUUGUUUUCCAAUGAUUUGACUCAACCUGGAUCCCUAGUCCAUCUCCACUAAAAAUGUGGAAGUUUGUAAUUCGGCAUUAAUGACAUUGAUUCUGAUCAUGUUUGAAAUAAUUCAUUGAUCGAGAGCAUCAACUGAUGCUCUCCGCUAAUGAAUUUCAUCUGAACAGGAAUUAAAUUUGUAUAUCUAUCGUGAAAGGGGAACUUCCGUUUUCAGACAUAUCAGAAAAAAGAGGCCGGACUGUAGGUGCUUGGGGAACUCAGGUAAGUGUCAGAUCAUUGGAAAGCUGUUUGACUUAUCAUGCCAGAGGAUUGCUAAAGGUUGAGCUAACGUCACUGGCCGUGUAAUCCAUCAACUUUUGCUCGCCAAGAUUUGCCUUCUCUACCCAACAGUCUUACUGCGUGCUCUAACUACAGAAGAGAAACAGCCGUGGUACAUUUACCCAUAAGAGAUUGUGCAUUUAUAUGUGGGAGAUUUACAGACUGUUUCUGGGAACUUUAUUACUGCGCAGAAAGAUUAAAAAUUAUCUGAAAUAACUGAAUAGCAGACCUGCAAGUAUGGGUCAAUGGCAAGCUGCUGCAUGAUAAGAGUAAUGUGUGAUCUUACAGCAUUGAUUUUACCAAAUGGCUACAGCUCUAAUGAAUUGGAUGAGAGACUGAGUUUUAUGAAAUUAAGGUGAAUUAUGUUAUGGUGAAAUCUACUGUCUCAUUUAUCUUAGUACAUGCAUUUUCUCUUCUUUUCAGAUAUUUUACGUUGUAUGAUUCAGUGGGACGACAAGCACUCCUGCAAUUUUAUCACGAGAACGCAGUCUGUUCCUUCAGUUUGCCCAAUGUUAAAUUUCCAAAGAUGUGGUGGGUAUUCUGAGGAGAAAAGCAUUCAGACCAGGGAAUGGUCCAAUACAGGAAGUGAGCAUUCAGAACAAUAUAAUAGUCCUAUACAGGAAGUGAGCAUUCAGAACAAAAAAGUAAAGUACAGGAAGUGAGCAUUUAGACCGGGGAAUAAUCCAAUAGUAAUAGAUAUUGAAAUGGACACAGGACUAAGUAUUUAUUUCUUAAUUUACUUUCCCCAGAACUAGAUUGCCUUAUUUUCUUAAUGACUAAUGUGAUGAAAAUCUGUUCUGUUAGCUACAUUGAUUUUUUUGUUUGUUUGUUUGUUUUUGUUUAUUAUUUUUAAGCCAUGAGCAACUUAAUGACUAUUGGAAAGAAAACCGAAAUCUUAUGAAAGUUAAAAAAACAGGUUUGUAUCAGACGUAUGUGCCCUGAUAAUUUACACAUUACUUUCAAGUAGUCUUCUGCCAUAUCAUAAAUAAGAAGCUUUCACUGCUAUAGUGCCCUUCUGGGACUUAAUGACAUAGAUUGGGGAAUAAUACAGUAUUAUCUUAAUAAUAGUAUUUAGUAGGAAAGUGUCACGCCAAGGGUGCAUAAUUCAUUGUUGCACAAUAGAAUAUUAAUGUAAUUUGUGUAGUGCAUAUAUGAAUUGACCACUUGGUAAAGAUCAGAUGACAGAAGGGGUAGUGUUAAUUCAGAAGGGAAUGUUAGAGGAAGCACAUGGUUUACCAUAUGCAUUGAUCCUUUGAUUAAUCAAAAGCUCUAAGAUGUGCGAAGUCACACAUAAGUGGCCUGGAAGUCUAGCUCCAAUGUAAACUAGCUGACCUCAGCCAUAUGACCUCUGCCUUUUAAUUGAUGAGUGAAUUUCUUUGAUAGGUUAAUGUUCGUUAGUAGUGAUGUCCCGAACGGUUCGCCGCAGUCGGUGAACAUAUGCGCUGUUCGGUCCGCUCCCUGUGUCAUCAUUGAGUAAACUUUGACCCUGUACCUCACAGUCAGCAGACCCAUUCCAGACAAUCAGCAGCAGACCCUCCCACCUCCUGGACAGCAUCCAUUUUACAUUAAUUUUGAAGCUGCAUUCUUAGUGAGCUGUCCAGGAGAUGCGAGAGUUUGGGAGGGAGGGUCUGCUGCUGAUUGGCUGGAAUGUGUCUGCUGACUGUGAGGUACAGGGUCAAAGUUUACUCAAUGAUGACGAAUAGGGGGUGGACCAAACAGCGCAUAUGUUACCCGACCGCGGCGAACCGUUCGGGACAUCACUAUUCGUUAGCUUUCAAGAAAAGAGAAAAAACAAGCCUUGUGUUCCAGUAUCAUAUCCAAAAGAACGAAACGUUAAUAUUAACCCACAUAUUUACCCAAUAAUAAUUAAGCCUCAUUUUUGUUAUAUUUGGAAUGUGACCAGCACAAUCUUUUAAUCAAGCCCAAAUAUGAUUUGCAUAACUUAACCAUAUGGGAAGGGAUUGGGAUGUCCGCUAUAUUGGGUCACAAGUAAGAAGUGUGACAUAUCUAUGGAAUGGAGAAAUGGUAACAUUCAUAAAUGCAAUUAUUCUUUAUGUGGCAAGUACACAAGAGGAGAUAGAACUAAAUAUUUCCAUUUGGAUUGAUGUUGGUCUGGAACACAAGGAGGUGGUCACUUAGUUACUAUAGGUACGCCUUGUCUCCACCUCUGGGCUAAGCUUGAUAGUCCACUGGGUAUAUAUCUAAUGAUACUGAAGUGUGCAUUGGACUUGCUUGAGUGGCCAGAAUCUAAUUCUAAGUCAGUCACCAUCUUUCUUACCAGAGACCCCCUGGGGCAGAAGUUUUACUUAGACGUCCUAAUCACUUACUCAAGUUUUUUCAGUUAUUUUAUUCCUUUUGUUUUUAUCUGUUGGUGUAACUAAUUUGAUAGCUAUAUUUUUGUAUGCACUGUGACAAUUUUUUUGCUGAUAAUACAUAUUCCUUUAUUAAGUUCUGCCUUUGUCUGGUAAAGAAUCACAUUGCUUGAAGAUACUAAUUAUUUUGCAAUUACAUAGAUAUUGUCCUAAGUUACAUUUGGUGUUUUUUUUUGUUUUUGUUUUUGUUUUUUUAUAUAUAUAUAUAUUUUUUUUUUGCGUGCAAAGAACAAGCAGUUACAAAUGCGUCUGUAAUGCCCCAACAGCAUACACUCCUGUUUAAACAAUCAUUAAAUUGGUAUGGCAUGACAUGGCUAUACAUUGCACAUUUUUUAUAUAAUGACAUGGAGAUUAGUCAAAAAGAAAGGAUGUUUUCAAAUAUGACCUAUCAGUUAGAAUAAGACAUCAAUAUAAGCCACUCACUUUAUUCCACAGUAGACUAGACUAUAUGUGCGUGUCCACUAAAAGUAGAGUGUGUUCGGGCAAACAUACUGUGUGCAUGUUCAGAGUGUUAUGCAGGCGGUUGGAAUAGGUGAGACACUCCAUUCUUUACAUGUGUGAGAGAACGUGUCUAUCGUGUGUGGAUAUGAAGGAAAUCAACUGGAAAAAAAAACAGAUCAGGCUACGCUAAAAAAAAGAGAGAGGCAUAAACAAUACAUUAGGCAGAGCGUAAGUAGCAUCUCUUAGCAGGCCUAAAGCGGCUGGGUGUGUUAUAUAUGGCACCAUGGCAUCAGCUGGACAUGAGAAAGUCCCAAGGCGUGAGCCGGUGUGCUGCCUCCCCAGCCAUCUGUUGUUCAACCAAUGCUGGCACUUGGGAGGCUGUGUGCUUGUUUGUCGCCGGGUUGACCAGGCCUCUGUGGACAGUUUCUAUCCAGACCAAGGUUGGGGUAUGCAAGGUGGCUAGGUCAUUCUCGGGUUCUGUGUCCCACCGCCCCCAACUGUCCUCGCCUACCCCUCUCUCUCCGUGUACCUUUUGGGCGAGAUUCUGGUAGAUGCAGGUUGCCCCCAUCGGCUUUGUAGCUGAGGCUGUGCGAGGCUUGGGGGGCUGUGGGGUAAAGUCUCUGCGGAGGGGGUGCCUCUGCGGGCAUGUCUACCUUCUGGAGUUUGUCGCUUGGGUGGUCUCCUCCGGCGUCUGGAUGUGUUACCAUUUCGCCUUGGAGGCUUCGGCAGGGACCGCUGUGCUGCAGGAGGUGAAUGAUGUGUAUGAGUCUCCUCUCUUUGCCUGUGCUCUAGUUUUUGCCAGAAGGCCUCAAAGAGCAAGUCGAUUCUCGCUAGGGUCGGUUCUGUCAGGCCUCGUGGUGCGGUGAGGUGCCCGGCAUCCACCAUCUUGGGUUGGCGGGGAGGGUAUGCUUAGUGCUGCUGCCCGUGCUUGUCUGGUCACAGCUCCACCAGUGACCAGGAAGCAUGGCUGAGGUGAUAGGGCUGGGAUAACCCCCACCCGACAGGGGGGGGGAAACGGGGUCUCGUGCUUUGACAGCUUAUUCUGGUCGGAUAGGCAAUAGGGAGAACGGCCGCUUCUCCCAGGCUCUCACCUCCAGGUAGGCCUCAGUGGCAGUGCGGGCUCAAACUGCUUGACGGACGCCUGGAAACCCUUGGGCUGAAGCAGAGUUGCUUGUAGGUGAACAUCAGCGCAUAGAUUGCUGUUUGUUAGCUUUGAAAAUACUGCUUUUAGGUGAAUUUUGGCAAGUCUUUGACAGAGCUCAGAUUGCAUGUGGCCAUUCAGUUUGGCAGCCAGGCCUCCCCCCCCCCCCAUUUGGUGGGUUUUUAUUAUUGUUACCUGGGGUGACUAAGGCAACCCAUUUAUAAAUGGUCCUGGUGGUGGCAGCGUUAAAAUGGUAAUAUUUAGAUUAUGCUUAAGUGUGGGUGGUCUUAAGGGGCAUUUUAUCAUUAUUUCUGGUCUAGUGCAGACAAAUAGUGAACUUUAACCCUUUCACCACCACAACCACGUCACGCACACUCUUGAAGUAGGGUGUGUUCAUGACAGAAAGUAUUUAAUAUAUUUACACCAAAGAAACCUUUUGGAAUGAGCUGUUAUUUAAACAAAGGAUUUCUGAUAGUGUAGUAGUAUAUGGUUCAACUAUUACAACUACAUUUUGUUCAUACGGGAACGUUUCUAGAUAUUUGGUGUAGGCUGUGUUCAGUUUGAAUACUGAAACCUGUUCUUUGAUACGGUUUCUUUGUAUAUUUCAGAUUUAAGGCAACAACUAAUCAAAUACAACCGGCUACAUGUGGUCGGUUUCCUCUGCAAUCUUCCUAAAACAGAGCAUAAUCUGCAGUCUUUCACCGUGGAUGUCAGCAUGCAAACGGUAGGUCAAGGAAUCCUGUCAAUCACUGAUGGAAGUACUCCUUUCCAGGAUAAGUCAACAUAUUGUUAAAAAUCCUGGCAUGGUUCUUCUUUAAACUCAUUAAAGAAUAUCAGCAUGCAUGCCAAGUCUCUCACCUUUAAAAAAAAAAAAAAAAAAACCUAAUAUUCUUUUAUUCUAUUCUUCUAUUAUUCAGUCACAAGAUGACACCUUGUUACAUCAUUUUUGCUAAUAUUAUUUUCCAGUAUUGACCCAUUUAUGGACUAGAUUUAAUAUUUUGAAUAAGCUUUUAAAUGUAUUUAAUAUUUAUUUAAAAAAAAAAUUUUAAACCUGUUAAGCUUGAGAUUUUGAAAACUAAAAAUUAAGUGUAUCCUAAAAUAAAUUAUUUCAAAAGCUUACCCAGAAAUAUAAAAUCGAGACCUAUAUAUGAAAAUCAUUACUCACAAUUUCAUAUCUAAUAUUACUAGCCUUAUGUAAAAGGAGCUUUUAACCCUUCAACUGAAAAUCGGGUUUAAUUGCCUCUAGUGGCUAUCGCACAUCAUCGAAACCGUCUGAUUGGCACAGCGUGGCAUUUUGAUGCGCGUUCGCCUCUCAAUGCUUUCCUGUGAAAACACAUUGAUCUUCGCCAAGAAGGCUUGCCAGCAGGUCGGAGGGUUGAAAAGUAAGUCAAUCUCACCCUUUGAGCCAUCACAUGGUGGAUGGGAUGUAAAUUACAACUUUAGGAAUAUAUGUUUGUGUCCCAUUAAUGCCUAUUGCUAACCUCCUUCUGUCAUGUGGCAGCAUGUUCAGACACCUUGAGCCAAAUGAUUCUUGCAGGAUCCAGCAGUGUCUAGCAUGUGGAUAAACACUAGGAAUUCCUUAGGACUCUAAAUUUGUAAUCUGUAGUGUUAUGCCAAUUACAUAGUAGCAAAUGCUAAGGAAAUCAGAAAAAAACGAACCUUGAGAAUUUAAAGAAUUCUGCUAGCACAAUGUAUGGUGCUUUAACGUGAUUUCAAAGAUGAUUAGAGUGAAUAUCACCCAUGCGAGUCUACUGACAGCUUCUACAGAGCGCCCGAAGCUCACUUGUCCGGUAGAUCGCGUUGAGGCCUACUGAUCGGUUGGACGGGGGAGGCAGCUGCUCUCCCGCUUUGCAGCAUUGUUCCCUCAGGGACCUCAUCUCUUAAACUGAACUCUUGCCACCCCCGCCUUUGGCCGGUGGGGGUCAUCCCGGUCCCACUGACCUGCAUAAGUACCUUUGAAGACCGCUCCAACUUGUCAGGUCUGCCUGCAAUCUACUCUCCCAAAAUGGUGGAGGAGCAAUCACCUCUUGGGAGAGUAGAUUGCAGGCAGAGCUGACAAGUUGGAGCCUGCACUAAACCAGCAUUACUCUGUGGAAUAGUCGCCAAUGGCGGCUGGAGGACAUUUUUGACCGCUUCUGGGCAACUAUUGCAACCCACUUGCCUACACCACUUCUUCAGCAAGCAAAGGUGGCCCUAUUCACAAGCUUGCUACGCUCAAAUUGGGCCCAUCUAAGCUGAGGACCGUUAGGGGAUCAACCACGCUGGCAGAAGGCCCGGAGCUGCCUGCGGCAAAGUACACCCAAGGCCUCCUGCUAUUUCCCAACAGGGAAGGACUCUGACCUUAGGAGCCCUCAUCCAGGCCUGGAGCUUGAGGAAUGGCUCUGCUUGCUUCAACCUCUCCACUGCCACAAACAACCUCCCCAUGGCAUCUCCAAGAUUCCCAGAAGUGGGCAUAGGAUGACUGAGUCUAUGGAUGGCCCAUGUCUGCACCCAGUCCAUAACCCUCCAUCGAUCUGUGGAUGCCAACAUGCAGCCGUUGGGAGCUUUGGGUCUCCCAAUGCAUCCAAGUUGAUUUACGUUGAUGUACUGUAUGCCCUUUACUCUCCUUUAUAUUAUGAUUUUUAUUUCUACGGUGCAACACCCAUCUGCUGAACACUAAUUACAAAUGUCUUGAUAACACUGCCUUUCAGAAUACAAUGCAACACUUGCUGAUUAAGAUGCUGUUCGGGGUAAUGUACUGCUGUCUGCGAUGUUUACAUUUAUGUAGUUAAGGGUGUAAUACGGCAGGUCAGUGACAAUCAAUCUUGCCUAUGUAAGUCCUAACUUUUACCCAUAUAUUACAUAGCCUGGCCUGUCUCCUAGCUACACAACUCACUUACAUAUGUUUGCACUUGGCAAGUAUCCUGACUAGACAUGUUCCUAUACUGUUAUCUGUACUAUUUUAUUAUUACUAACGCAACGUGAUAUUUUUCAAUAGUGGUAUGUGCAGAAUCUGUAAAUGUUAUGCGAUUAUUCAUCUAUGUCUUUCGUUGCACUUGUGAAAGCUGUUUUGGCCUCGCAAGCUAUACGGUAUUUUACAUGUACAGACAAGUAAAAAAAGUUUAAAUGUAGGUUGUUUCCUAAAUGCCUAAACUGUUCGUAUACAUAAAACAGCUUAGUGCAUAAUGUUCUGUAACAUUGAAUGAAAUCCAUGUGGACAAUUUUUUUUAACGUUAAUAUUCCGCGGUCUUUUGCAAUUUAUAGUGUAUUAAGGAUUUUGGUUCCUACUGUAGUUAGAGCUGGUCAUUUAUUUUUUGUUCUGUUUUUCCUUAGCCACAUCUCUUGUGUUUUUCUGUGCAAGGUGUUUUUAAAGAAGGUACGUUUUUAGGAAUUUAAAGAGACAUUGCGGAAACACAUGCUGCUCUCAUUGGAUUUGUAUCCGUUAAAACCCCAAAGAAAUUAUGAACAUACGAUACUAAUCAACGUCAUGGUGAAUAGCUUCUCUAAAUUAAGUGCAAUCUCUAGGCAUUAAUUUAAAUAUUGAUGUACCUUUUAAAGGGAUGCUCGCCUUCACAAAUGGAAAAAUAAACAAAUCACUGUUUAGUAGACAUACAACCAAUAAAAACGAAUGCUAUUGAUUUAAAAAUGGCUCACAAAAGCUGCAUGUAUCCUCUCUGCAGCCUUUGCAAGCCUUCCCAUUCUAACCCCGCCCAGACAUUCUGUGGUGUCCAAUCACGGACUUCCUAAUGAAGUUCAAUGCAGUCUGCAGCCUUUGGAAACCUUCCCAUUCUAACGCCGCCCAGUCAUUCUGUGGCUGUCCAAUCACAGGCUUCCUAAUGUAGUUCAAUGCACAGUCUGCAGCCUUUGCAAGCUUUCCCAUUCUAACCCCACCCAAACAUUCUGUGGCUGUCCAAUCACAGACUUCCUAAUGUAGUUCAAUGCACAGUCUGCAGCCUUUGCAAGCUUUCCCAUUCUAACCCCGCCCAGACAUUCUGUGGCUGUCCAAUCACAGACUUCCCAAUGCAGCUCAAUGAGCAGUCUUUGCAAGGCAGGUGCUCUGGAUAAUUGCUGCCUCUUGAGUUUAGCUCCACUGAGAUAACAAACCAGGAAGUUACAGUAUGUCUUUGUCUAUGUAUGUAACUGUGUGUCUACAUCUGAAUGAUUGUGUUCCUAGGUGUAUGUCUUAUUGUAUGCAUGAAGGGAGUAAAAUAGAUCAGGAGGCCUAGGGCAGACAAAACCCUAAGUACAUCUCUGUGUCUAUCCUCUUUUAAUAAAGAGUAACCAAUGAACAAGGUGUGACAUUGAUUUCAUUGUUUUAUCACAGUAAAUAUAAUACAUUUAUUUUAUUUUAUUCAGCAAGUGUAAUCUGGGAAAACCUUGUUAGGACCUUCCGAAGGACCUUUGUCAUUGUCCCAGCUCCUCCUGGUGUGAGGUAAGAGGAGAUAAUUUGGCCAAUGUAGGCUUGGGGCUUCUCCAUGGUUAGAAUGAUACAUCUCCACUCUCUCUCUCCUUACAUUUACUUUUUCCCCCCUUUUUCCAUCCUCAUGUUUCUUCUUUCAUUCUCCCAUAUCUGUUUUAUGGAAUUUGUGGUUCCAGGUUGCAGAUCUGAUGCAAAAACAAUAUUUCAAGAACUGUGAGACAGUCCAGUAAUGCAAUUAUUGCAUCAGUAAGAGUUUUCACUGUUGCCUCAAUACUUGAUUGUGAAUUGAGCUAUAGACAUGACCACUGUUGUGACCAUGUUUUUGUUUAGUUUUUUUUUUUUUGAAUCUCUGAAUUUGACUUUCAAUCACCCUAUUUAAAAAAUACUGCCAUAUGGUGUAGCAUAGCUUUGAUUUGUGAUUUGAGUGGUGGGGCUUUCCUAUAACUGCAGUGAUUUCCAAUGAACAGGAAGGCAACGACAGGAGUCCUCCUACUAUAGUGUACGCAAAAAUGUUAAAGGGACAUUGUAAGCACUAUAACCACUUCAUCUCAGUGAAUUGGUUAUAGUGAUUGGAGUCCCCUGGCAGUGUCCCCCUAUUCAGUGUUAAACUAUUUUUUAAGCAGUUUACACUAAAUUAGGGUCCCUGACUUCAUGUAACCCAGCCCCCAGAACAAUUUUAUUUUUUAAAUUUUGUUUUCGUCCCGACUGCGCAGAACUAAUUAUUUGAUGCAGAUAGUGUUUCCUAAAUACUGAGAGUGGUGUUUAUUCCGAUAUUCUUUCAUUAUGUGUAAUUUAUUAAGGCUUUGAUUUUGUUUUCAGUGCCCAGAUUCUGAAUGAUCAGAUGGUGAUUCUGAAAUCAUAUGGCUCACCAGAAAGUUCCUCCAUGGCGAUAGCUUUACCUGGUAGCCCAAGAAGCUGUAACAAAACCUUAGACUCUGAAAAGAUGGCGGUUCUCCAGACUUUCUCUGACCAGACUGCGAUGAAAACUGAUUGGGCACAAAAGUGUCUUGAAGAUAAUAACUGGAAUAUAAAACAAGCCGGAGAUAUUUUCAGGUUUCUAAAGGAUAGAGGAGCCAUUCCUAUAGAAGCAUUUUGUGAGCCAGGAAUUAAAUCUGAUUUGCCGCAAAUAUAAGCUAUUGAAUGGGUUAGGAUGCAAAUAUCGCAAUAUCUCCACCCUUAC